CUUCCUGAUGAAUGGAUCAUGAUUGCCAGUGAGAAGACGUAUCUUCAAGAGGCAAGAGUGAAUUGUGAUUAUGAGUAGAAUUUUGUUCAAAAAUUUAUCUAAUCGAUACGUCAAAAAUUCGUUUUCUAAAUUUAUUUUCAUUAAUAGAAUGAAUCAUACUAAAAGUACCGCGUUGACAGAACCAAUUCCUUUUUCAAAGGACUUUCUUUUUCGCCAGCUCUUUGAUCCAGUAUCCAGCACAUAUACUUACCUUCUGGCUGAUAUCAACAGUAGAACUGCAAUUUUAAUUGAUCCAGUCAUUGAAUGGGCAGAACGCGAUAAAAAACUUAUCGAGGAGUUGGGAUUAGAUUUGAAGUAUGCUAUAAACACACAUAUGCAUGCUGAUCAUAUCACCGGGACAGGGAGGUUGAAGUCUUUGUUACCUGGAUGCCAGUCAAUGAUAUCACGUAAGAGCGGAGCUAAGGCCGAUAUACUCUUGGAUCCGGACGAGCAAAUAAGCUGUGGAAGGCAUAAUUUGCGGGUGCUUCCUACACCCGGUCAUACCGAAGGUUGCGUGACUUAUGUCUGUCACGAACAAGGGAUUGCUUUCACAGGGGACGCUCUUUUAAUACGCGGAUGCGGUAGAACUGAUUUUCAGGGUGGCUCACCGGAUGUUUUGUACAAAUCUGUCCAUACGAAAAUUUUCACAUUACCGCCGAAUUACAGGCUCUAUCCGGCCCACGAUUACUCCGGCAGAACAGUGACUACGGUCGCCGAGGAAAAGGCUUUUAAUCCCAGAUUAUCCAAGUCCCUAAAUGAAUUUGUCGACAUAAUGAACAACCUUAAUCUGCCGUAUCCAAAAAUGAUCGAUAAAGCUGUGCCAGCCAAUAAAGUUUGCGGGCUGUACGAGUUGAACCAGGAAGAGAAACCAUGAGAAAAAUGAAGUCCUCCUCAGCGAUAUUUUUAUGAUCAUCGAUCGGGCGUAGAUAAAUUUAAUUUUGCCGUUUUACGUGCAUUACGAAAGAUGCUUAUUAUGGAGCGAAUAAAAUUAACAAACUGUUUCGUGGC